UUGAAGGCAACGGACACAUAAAACUGCAGUGCCUGAUCUGACGCGUGCCGGUACUACGUUUCUGCAGGGGUCUGGGUCUGGCUUCCCCAUCGUUUUUUUGGAAGGUGGUUGAAUGUAUGGUUCGGCUCUGUAACUUGAAACACAAAAAAAAGAGAGAGAAGUCUCCGUCCGCCAACUUCGUCCGUUCUUCUGCUUCUCCCCCAAAGGCACUGCAUGUCUAACAUUUAGACAUGUUCAGCUUUGUGGAUUCGAGGACUGUACUGCUACUUGUAGCAACCCAAGUCGUUCUAUUAGCAGUUGUCAAAUGUCAGGAAGAAGACCAGGACCUAGGCAGCUGUAUGCAGGACGGACAGCGCUAUAGUGACAAGGACGUAUGGAAACCAGAGCCGUGUCGUAUUUGUGUGUGCGACACGGGAACUGUCCUGUGUGACGAAAUAAUCUGCGAGGAGAUUAAAGACUGCCCCAAACCUGAGAUCCCAUUCGGAGAGUGUUGCCCCAUCUGCGUGCGGGACGGGGAAGCCCCCCCAAGUGGUCGGGCCCCGGGAGCUAAGGGUCAGAAGGGGGAACCAGGAGAUAUCACAGAUGUCGUAGGACCAAGAGGACCUGGAGGCCCUAUGGGCCCCCCAGGAGAGCAGGGACCACGCGGAGACAGAGGAGACAAAGGCGAUAAGGGCAGUCCCGGGCCCCGUGGCAGAGAUGGCGAGCCUGGUACCCCUGGUAACCCCGGCCCCCCCGGACCCUCAGGACCUAACGGACCUCCCGGCCUUGGAGGAAACUUUGCUGCUCAGAUGGCUGGAGGAUUUGACGAGAAGGCUGGCGGAGCACAGAUGGGCGUGAUGCAAGGACCAAUGGGCCCUAUGGGUCCUCGAGGGCCACCUGGCCCCUCUGGAGCUCCUGGCCCACAAGGUUUCCAAGGCAACCCCGGAGAGGCUGGAGAGCCCGGAUCAGCUGGCCCGUUGGGUCCCCGUGGUCCACCUGGACCCUCUGGUAAACCUGGAGAUGACGGUGAGGCUGGCAAACCCGGAAAAGGUGGUGAUCGUGGACCUUCUGGUCCUCAGGGAGCUCGUGGCUUCCCAGGAACUCCCGGUCUGCCUGGAAUCAAAGGGCAUAGAGGUUAUCCAGGUCUUGAUGGACUCAAGGGAGAGGGUGGAGCUGCUGGUUCUAAGGGGGAGUCUGGUGCACCCGGUGAGAAUGGCGCUCCCGGACCCAUGGGACCACGUGGUCUGCCUGGUGAGAGAGGUCGCCCCGGUCCCUCUGGAGCUGCUGGUGCUCGUGGUAAUGACGGUCUGCCCGGCCCUGCUGGUCCUCCUGGCCCAGUCGGUCCAUCUGGUGCUCCAGGCUUCCCCGGCUCUCCAGGUUCUAAGGGAGAAGCUGGCCCCACCGGUGCUCGUGGACCUGAGGGCGCCCAGGGACCACGUGGAGAGUCAGGAACCCCCGGAUCUCCCGGACCCGCCGGCGCUUCUGGUAACCCUGGUACUGAUGGUAUUGGUGGAGCUAAAGGAUCAGCUGGUGCUCCUGGUAUCGCUGGCGCGCCUGGCUUCCCGGGACCCCGUGGCCCUCCAGGACCCCAGGGAGCCACUGGGCCUCUCGGACCAAAGGGAACAUCUGGUGACCCUGGUAUCCCAGGUUUCAAGGGUGAGGCUGGACCCAAAGGAGAGAUUGGACCCGCGGGUCCCCAAGGAGCCCUUGGCCCUGCAGGAGAGGAGGGGAAGAGGGGACCCAGAGGAGAGCCCGGCGCUGCUGGACCUCUCGGACCUCCCGGAGAGAGAGGCGCCCCCGGUAACCGUGGUUUCCCAGGUCAGGAUGGUCUGGCUGGUCCCAAGGGAGCCCCUGGCGAGCGUGGAGUCGGCGGCGUGUCUGGCCCUAAGGGAGCCGGCGGUGACCCUGGUCGCCCUGGCGAGCCCGGUCUUCCUGGUGCAAGAGGUCUUACUGGUCGUCCCGGUGAUGCAGGUCCUCAAGGAAAAGUUGGACCCGGUGGUGCUGCUGGUGAGGAUGGUCGCCCUGGUCCCCCUGGCCCUAUGGGAGCCCGCGGUCAGCCUGGCGUGAUGGGAUUCCCCGGACCCAAGGGAGCCAACGGCGAACCUGGCAAAGGCGGAGAGAAAGGAUUGCUCGGUGCGCCAGGUCUGAGAGGUCUUCCUGGUAAGGAUGGUGAGACCGGAGCUGCUGGACCCCCUGGCCCUGCUGGCCCUGCUGGAGAGAGAGGAGAGCAAGGACAACCUGGACCUUCUGGCUUCCAGGGUCUGCCCGGACCUCCUGGACCCCCUGGUGAGGGUGGCAAGCCUGGUGACAUGGGAGUUCCAGGAGAGGGUGGAGCUGCUGGUGCCACUGGACCAAGAGGUGAGCGUGGUUUCCCAGGAGAGAGAGGAGGUGCUGGGCCUCAGGGGCUGCAGGGACCCCGUGGUCUUCCUGGAACUCCUGGAACUGACGGACCUAAGGGCGCGAUCGGACCAGGUGGUGCAUCGGGUGCCCAGGGACCCCCCGGUCUGCAAGGUAUGCCCGGAGAGAGAGGAGCCUCAGGCAUCCCCGGACCUAAGGGAGACAGAGGUGACAACGGAGAGAAGGGACCUGAGGGUGCUUCUGGCAAAGACGGUUCAAGAGGUUUGACUGGUCCAAUUGGUCCUCCUGGCCCAGCUGGUCCCAAUGGAGAGAAGGGUGAAUCUGGUCCCUCUGGACCUUCCGGUGCUGCUGGUGCCCGAGGUGCCCCUGGUGACAGGGGUGAGACUGGACCUCCUGGGCCUGCUGGCUUCGCUGGGCCUCCUGGAUCUGAUGGUCAGCCCGGAGUCAAGGGAGAGCAGGGAGAGGGUGGACAGAAGGGAGACGCUGGUGCCCCUGGACCACAGGGACCCUCCGGAGCUCCUGGACCUUCCGGACCUACUGGCGUUUCUGGACCUAAAGGUGCUCGCGGUGCUCAGGGACCCUCUGGUGCCACUGGUUUCCCUGGAGCUGCCGGCAGAGUCGGGCCCCCUGGUCCCAAUGGUAACCCUGGUGCUGCUGGUCCCUCUGGCCCUGCUGGUAAAGAUGGCCCUAAAGGUGUGCGUGGAGACGGUGGACCCCCAGGCAGACAGGGAGAUGCUGGGCUGCGUGGACCCGCUGGAUCCCCUGGAGAGAAGGGAGAUGCUGGAGAGGAUGGUCCCUCUGGUCCCGAUGGUCCUUCAGGCCCUUCAGGUCUGGCUGGACAGCGUGGUAUUGUUGGUCUUCCAGGACAACGUGGAGAGAGAGGUUUCCCUGGCCUGCCAGGACCCUCUGGUGAGCCUGGUAAACAAGGAUCUCCUGGUGGAAGUGGAGACCGUGGGCCCCCUGGCCCUGUGGGGCCCCCUGGACUGACUGGACCCGCAGGAGAGCCCGGUAGAGAGGGCAACGCUGGUUCUGAUGGACCCCCUGGUAGAGAUGGAGCCACUGGAAUCAAGGGUGACCGUGGUAACACCGGUCCUGCUGGUGCUCCUGGCUCCCCAGGAGCUAAUGGUUCCCCCGGCCCUGUCGGCCCCACCGGCAAGCAGGGAGACAGGGGAGAGGCUGGAGCUCAAGGACCAGCUGGACCUGCCGGGCCUGCUGGAGCCAGAGGAAUGGCUGGACCCCAAGGACCCCGUGGAGACAAGGGUGAGGCUGGAGAGGGUGGUGAGAGAGGACAGAAAGGACACAGAGGAUUCACUGGUCUGCAGGGUCUGCCUGGACCUCCCGGUCAAGCUGGAGACCAGGGUGCAUCUGGACCUGCCGGACCAAGUGGAUCAAGAGGACCUCCCGGACCUAUUGGUCCCUCUGGAAAGGAUGGUUCCAACGGUAUGCCCGGCCCCAUCGGACCCCCCGGACCCCGUGGUCGCUCUGGAGAGACUGGUCCCUCUGGUCCCCCUGGAAACUCCGGUCCCCCUGGUCCUCCUGGUCCUCCCGGCCCUGGUAUCGACAUGUCUGCCUUCGCUGGCCUGUCUCAGCCUGAGAAAUCCCCCGAUCCCCUGAGGUACAUGAGGGCCGACCAGGCCUCCGGAAACCUGAGGACGCACGACGCCGAGGUGGACGCCACGCUCAAGUCUCUCAACAACCAGAUUGAGAACAUCCGCUCCCCCGAGGGCUCCAAGAAGAACCCUGCACGUACUUGCAGAGACCUGAAGCUGUGCCACCCAGACUGGAAGAGCGGAGAGUACUGGAUCGACCCUAACCAGGGCUGCACCAUAGACGCCAUCAAGGUCUACUGUAACAUGGAGACCGGAGAGUCCUGCGUCUACCCCAAGCCCGCCAGCAUCCCCAAGAAGAACUGGUGGUCCAGCAAGAGCAAGGCUGCCAAACACGUCUGGUUCGGAGAGACCAUGAACGGAGGAUUCCACUUCAGCUAUGGCGAUGACAGCCUGGCUGCCAACACGGCCAGCAUCCAGAUGACCUUCCUGCGGCUGCUAUCCACCGAGGCUAGCCAGAACCUCACCUACCACUGCAAGAACAGUGUGGCUUACAUGGACGGAGCCACGGGCAACCUGAAGAAGGCCGUGCUGCUCCAGGGCUCCAACGAUGUGGAGAUCAGGGCCGAGGGAAACAGCCGCUUCACCUACACCGUUAUGCAGGACGGCUGCACGAAACACACAGGAGCAUGGGGCAAGACAGUGAUUGACUACAGAUCUCAGAAGACCAGCCGGCUGCCCAUCGUGGACAUUGCUCCCAUGGAUAUUGGAGGAGCGGACCAAGAGUUUGGAGUCGACGUCGGCGCAGUCUGCUUCUUGUAAAGACAAAGGAAUGAAAAAAGAAAAGCUGAGAAAAAACCCAUAAAAGAUGAGGGAGAGAGAGACAGAGAGAGAGAGAGAGAGAGAGAGGAACACACACUUCUAGCAAAAUGAAUGAAAGAGAGAAAAGAGAAAGAUCAAGUCACUUUUUUUUUUUUUAAAGUAAAAAGUGAUUUUUCCAACUAGGAUAUCUGCACUGAAUGGCACCGGCAAUAUUCAUCUGUGAUUUCAUCGACUUCCAGUCUCCCUCCGUCAACCCCUCCCUCCAUUCCCCCAUCCACUCCACCCCUCCAGCCUGGGAGCACCUCCCCACUAACAAGAAGGAACGAAGGAAGAGGAGAAGGAGAGAAAGGGGAAGUAUGUCAGAGCAUGACAGAAAGAGAGCCGACUUGGUGUUAUUUAUUUAUUGUUCAGGUGUAGGUCCCAGGUGUGUUAGGACUGAGUGUGUUACCCUGUAAAAAGGCCCCACGCACAACCACAUACAUAAUCUAUCAGUUCCCCACCUCCCCAAUCUCCUCUUUUCUUUCUCCUAUUCCAUACCUUCUCAAACCUUGUAUCAAAUCCAAACCAAAAAUGGAGCAGUGUGAUAGGUGCAGGUGUUCCUAGUUCCAACCGCCGCCCCAGUGUGUAUCAGGAAGUUACUGUGUAUUAUAAUAUAGUCAAAUGGUGCUAUUGCUGUAAAAACCAGUCUGUAUUCUUUAACAACCAGAUACUGAUGUAUUAGUGACAUGUUCAUAAUGUGUAUAUAUGUAUAUGUGUGUGUAUACAUAUAUCUACAGUUUUCAGAGAGUACAUUUCACGCUGAGAUUUGUUUUCAGAGUGGUAAAUGUCGCUGCCCCCCCCCCCCCCCCCCCCCCCCCCCAACCACAAUCCCCCUCAUUGGCUGCCCAAUGAAACAUAAACCGCGUCUAUCAUUUUUGUAAGAGACAUGUUCAAUUCGGGAUUUCAAUCUCAGAUCUAAACUUUUUUUGUUUUGUUUUAAUUAUAUUAUAAGCUACCUCACGCUAAAAAAAGAAAGAAACAACUAAGCAAAGUUCUCCAAGUUUACAAAUCCAGCUUGGGUGAUCAUAUCUUUGGUGCAUGAGACCCCAUGUUGUGAGAAGACCACCAGAAGGUGCCUUUAACCCUUGACCUAUCCCACUCCACUUUGUCCCAUAUGCCCCCACUGUCCCCUCACACAGGAAAUACCCUCUACCCUGGCAGGAAGUACCUUGGCCCUGGCCACGCCCCAUAGGAACAGGGCAUGCCCCCCUAGGAACAAGAACAGGGCAGGGCUGUUAGACUUGAGUGAGUUCUUUCUCACAGUGAUAUCACUACUAGACAAUCCAGACCUCCUUUACACACAGAGGAAAACCACCUACGACCAGGGCAGAGGGUGAUUUUAUUUUUGAGGGUGUGUAUAUUUUGUAUUAUUAAUAAUAAUAAUAGUAUUAUUGCUAAUAAUGAUAGCAUUACUAUUAUUAUUAUUAUUAAAUAUGAUGAUCAUGAUUUUGUUUUUGUUGCAGUUUUGAUAAAUGUAAAUUGGAAAUAAAAGAAAAAACAAGUAACAGACUGAAGUCGCUUUUUUAAUUUUAUUUUUGGGGGGGAUUUUGAUUGUUAUUCAUCCUCAUAUUGCUCCAGAGAAAAGUGUGCAUGAACUAUCUGGGAUGGUCUUUUUUCUGUACCCUGAAAGUAUGAUGAAAAACUUUUCUGUUGCUAUUAUGUUUCUCAGAGAUAGAAGCAAUACCAAAUCUUGAUCCUGUGUCCUGUAUGCACUCUGCCUUGGUCUGUGUGUUUGGGCUAAAUGCAUAUCGAGGGGUGGGAUGCAGUCAGAACACACAAGGAGAUACAGUGGAGAGGUGGAUGAUGGUGAGCGGCCAUUUUCUUUUUGUUUUAUUUGUGGGAGAGAAAAGGCUAAAUUUAGUGAGGAAGUGGAAAGUUCAUAUCAUGUACUAUUUUGUAUGUGUAAAAUAGUUUUGCAAUAUUUUCAGAUCGUUUUUAAGCAUGGUAGAUAGAGUAAGAAUGGGAAACAUUUCCAACCACAAUAAUCAGUAACUGUAUGGGUUUAUUAUGUCAUCCUGUACUUUUUAUUUAAUUUUCUUUCCUGACUUUACAUCUUUCACCUUUCACCUUUCACCUUUCACCGUAGCAAUAAAAGGUAGAAGCAUUUCUCUUAACAACACAGAGCCACGUUUGUUUCAUUUUUUUCAUAUAUUUUUUUCCUUAAACUUGGUUUUAGAGUUCAUUUAAUAUUUAAUGUAUUGGUUUCCAAAUCUAUGAUGUAAUCUUUGUUUUAAUAAUUAUUAACAUAAAGAACAACAGGUAAACAAAUCAACAAAAAUACAUCACAAAUAAAACAAAUGACACAAAAGGA